AUGAUGGAAGGGCACAUAAAUAAUCGACGGCGGCAUGUGCGUCUAGGAGCUGUUUAUUGGAGUGAGCGGGGCACCGUAACGCUGGCGGUUCGCGUCGCGACUGAGACCGGAGACCGAGACGGAAGAAAGAGACAAGUGAAUGCGUUGCAUCGGAAGGCCGUUAUAUCGGCGCCUCGACAGGUGUCGCAGCCACCCGCCGACGAAUUCGCGAAACGAACGGAGACGGGAGCCAAUAGCCACGUUCGCUUCCAAGAGCCACUUUCCCGUUACGAGCCGUGCGCCGGCUCAGUGUUUAGAGGUCGCGGCGACUUGUUGCCGUGUCUA